CGCCGCCUGGGAUGCGGAGCCCUCCUUGGGAGCACCCGACCUGCAGCACUGCUCUGUGCCGGGGUGAGCCCGCCCGCGGUGUUUGUUCUCCGUCUCCAUUUCCUGGGUGCCACCAGGAACAAGGAGCCGGCGGGCGGCUGCAGCGCUGCGCACACACUGCCCGCACCCUCUCCCUGCAGCCAUGAAGCUGAACGAGCGCAGUUUGGUGUUCUACGCCACCUGCGACUCCCCAGCCGACAACGCUGGAUUCCUCUUCAAGCGCGGCGAGCGGCACACGGCGUACCACCGCCGCUGGUUCGUGCUCAAGGGCAACAUGCUCUUCUACUUCGAGGAGCGUGAGAGCCGUGAGCCGGUGGGCGUCAUCGUGCUGGAGGGCUGCACCGUGGAGCUCUGCGACUCGGCCGAGGAAUUCGCCUUCGCCAUCCGCUUCAGCGGCACCAAAUCGCGCACCUACGUGCUGGCAGCUGACAGCCAGGCGGCCAUGGAAGCGUGGGUGAAGGCGUUGUCGCGGGCCAGCUUUGACUACAUGCGGCUGGUGGUGCGGGAACUGGAGAAGCAGCUGGAGGAGAUGCGGUGGGGCUGUCGGCAUGGCCCGGCCUGCUGCAAGGCACGGCCUUUGGGGAUGGAGCACUCCCUGCCGGCUUUGCCCACGGUUCCUCCAAAGGAGAAUGGCUGCGCGGUGUGGAACAAUGCGCCCAGCGUGGGCCAGCUGCAUGAUGGUAGUGAUGAUGAUGCCAACCCACGGCCACCUCCGUUGCCUCCGCGCCGGCGAGCAUCCAGCGGUGACACUGGGGCGGCCGAGACCUCGGCAUUCUGCCGGCUGCACGAGCGUUAUGGAAGGGAGGUGGCCCAGCUGCGGCAGGACUGGCAGCACCGGCAGAGCCAGCACCGGCCCUGAGAGGCCCACAGAGUGUCCUCAGUACAACCUCAGUCCCCUCUACAGGGCUCACAGCUCCUGGGGAUCAAACGCUGAGCUGGGUGCGCUGGGACCUCCAGAUGCAAGGAUGCUGGGGAGAGUUUGGAAGGGUGUUGCACUGCCAGAGAGCUGGAACUGCUUUCACCUCCUCAAGGCCAGCUGAGCCCCAUGGCAUCCAUCUGCUCCAGCAGGAUGUGGUUUGUAGAACAAACGCACGAGCACUUCCCCAGCAGCAUGCCAAGCACAACAGCCACUGUGGCCUCAUGUUUGUAUGCUGCCGGCACCCAGCAGGAUCCUGGUCCUCCAAUUCACCAUACGGUGGAGUUGCCUCCACCCAACCACAUCCUCCAGGGCUCCAGGACAGAUAUUUUUGGGACUGGUGUCACCCCUGGGCUGGCUCACAAAGGGGAAGUGUCGCAGCAAAGAAAAGGAACGUGUCAGCAGCAGGGGGAACGGAGUGAUUCAUGCGCACAAGCAGAGCGUGGCUGCUAUUGGAGCCUUGGGGUCUCAUGCAGACAUUUCUCUGGUUCAUAUUCAUUCUGCUGGCCCAAGGACUUUGUGACACCCCAGCUGGUGCAGUGACUGCUGUAGUCAGCCAUCCCACCAGCUCUUCCUUCACUAAAGCUGUUGAAUCCCUCCCCUCCUGGAUUUGCUCCCCAAAUCUUGGAGCAAGAGGAACCUUGUGUUGGGCCAAGUGGCCGCAUCUCCAUUUGACUUCUCAGAACUGGUUCAGAUUGUUUUCCUACAAUAAAUAUCGCUUCAGGAAUUCC